CUCACCACUCUCACUUCACAUUCCAUCACUAAAUCAAAACCCAAAAGAUGGCUACAAAUUCAACCACGACCAAGAAUCCACGUGGCGAAGAGGAAGAGAAUUUCCUCUUCGCCAUGCAGCUGGCCAGCGCCUCGGUGCUGCCGAUGGUGCUCAAGGCCGCGAUCGAGCUCGACCUCCUCGAGCUCAUCAAGCGGGCCGGGGACGGCGCCUUCAUCUCCCCGGCCGACCUCGCUGCGCAGCUCCCCGCCGCCAACGCCGCCGCGCCGGUGAUGCUGGACCGGAUCCUCCGGCUCCUGGCGAGCUACGCCGUCCUCGAGUGCCGCCUGGAGACGCUCGAGGAUGGCGCCGUGGGGCGGCGCUACGGGCUCGCGCCGGUGUGCAAGUUCCUGACCAAGAACGACGACGGAGUUUCCAUGGCGCCGCUGGCGCUCAUGAAUCAAGAUAAAGUGCUUAUGGAGAGUUGGUACCACCUAAAAGAUGCCGUUCUUGACGGAGGCAUUCCCUUCAACAAAGCCUACGGGAUGACUGCAUUCGAGUACCAUGGUACAGAUUCAAGAUUCAACAAGAUCUUCAACCAAGGCAUGUCCAACCACUCCACCAUCACAAUGAAGAAGAUUCUAGAAACUUACAAUGGCUUUGAUGGGGUCAAGACUGUGGUUGAUGUUGGUGGAGGAACUGGAGCCACCCUCAACAUGAUUCUUUCCAAAUAUCCUUCUAUUAAGGGCAUUAAUUUUGAUUUGCCCCAUGUUAUUGAAGAUGCCCCAUCUUAUCCAGGUGUAGAGCAUGUGGGUGGGGACAUGUUUGUGAGUGUGCCUAAAGGGGAUGCCAUCUUCAUGAAGUGGAUCUGCCAUGACUGGAGUGAUGAGCACUGUGUGAAAUUCUUGAAGAAUUGCUAUGAUGCAUUGCCACAAAAUGGGAAGGUAAUUUUGGCAGAGUGUGUUUUGCCAGAGGCACCAGACACUGGCCUUGCCACCAAGAAUGUUGUCCACAUUGACGUCAUCAUGCUGGCCCACAACCCAGGUGGCAAGGAAAGGACAGAAAAGGAAUUUCACAUCUUGGCCAAAGCUGCUGGCUUCAACCACUUCAACAAGGCUUGUUGUGCCUACAAUUCUUGGAUUAUGGAGUUGCUUAAAUAAAUCAGAAAAAAAAAUGAUACAAGUGUGGUGACAAGUUUACUUUGGGGGUGUGGUUUAGUUGAGUUGAGUUUUUCUGUGUGUGAUUUUUAUGCCUUUUGGUGAAGGGUGUGCAGUUGAAAUUACUAGAAUACCCUCCAAAAGAUGAUGGAACUAUGCGCUGCUUAUAUGAGUUUGUAUUCCCCUAUGCUCAAUAAAUAAAGCAUUCUUAAUUUC